ACCUUCAUACGGUGAAAUUCAGACCUUCAGAAACACGCAAUAUGGCGUAUGACUGUAUUGAGCGCCGGCUUCGCCGACUCUUUGAACUUCACGGUAGCUUAGUGGCUCGUUAUCCGCUACCGUUCCUCAUAAUCCCGAUUCUGGUUGCGGGAGGGUUGGCAUCAGGCAUGUACUUGCUUCCCACCCAACAAGAAUCAGGCGUAGAGUACCUGUUCACACCGACCAACGGACAAGCCAAGACUGAGCGGUCGGUGAUACAGGACCGUUUCCCCACCAACGUUUCGAGCAACUUUCAGCAAAGCAGGCUUGACGUUUUCGGAAGAUUCGGUCGAGUUAUCUUGACUGCGAAAGACAAAAGCAACAUUCUCCAGCAAAGAAUGAUGGAGGAGGUCCUACGACUACACGAGUUCGUGCUCAACAAUGUUUCUGUCAUCCACGAAGGACAGACUUACCGUUACAAAGACCUGUGUGCUGCCUGGGAAGGGGUAUGUGACAGCAACGAUCUCCUUGAACUUGUCAACUACAAUGCCAGCCUAGUUCAAACCACCACCAUUCGCUAUCCGACUUCCUUCAGUCCAGUGGGAGCUCCACUUUUUCUCGGCACACAGCUCGGCGGCGUUACCUUUGCUGAAGAUACAGAAGACACAGUCGAUUCUGCCGAAGCCCUACAACUUCACUACUAUGUCCGCUGGGACGACGGUGAACAAGUGAACGACGCCAUUAGCGCUAUGUGGGAGGAAGCCUUCCUCACAGAACUGCCUAUGUUCACAUCCACGGACAUAGACGUGGCCAUGUACACGUCAAACAGCCGAGAGAACGAACUGAACUCAGUAACAAACGGAAUCAUCCCCCUCUUCAGCAUCACUUUCAGUGUCAUCAUCACGUUUGCGGUGUGUUCCUGCGCGGACACAGACGCCGUGCGCGCGAAGCCCUGGCUCGGUAUGCUCGGCGUGGUGUCGGCUGGACUCGCCAUCGUCUCCUCCAUGGGCCUCGUCCUCUUCUGUGGCGUCAAAUUCAUCAGUAUCGUAGCGUCCAUGCCAUUUCUAUGCCUUGGGAUUGGCAUCGACGACAUGUUCAUCAUGGUCGCUGCAUGGCGAAAGACCAACCCACACCAUUCCGUGGAGAGACGGAUGUCAGAGGCACUGGGCGAAGCCGCCAUGUCCAUAACCAUCACCAGCAUCACUGACGGGCUAGCGUUCGGCAUCGGUGCUAUAACUGUUUUCCCCUCUGUGCAGAUAUUCUGCAUAUUUACCGGUGUAGCUUUAGUUUUUGACUAUAUCUACCAGAUAACCUUUUUUGCUGCGUGCAUGGCAAUUUUUGGUUACCGUGAAAAGAAAAAUCUCCAUUGGGCUACCUGCUUGCGCGCCCCGACGAAGAAAGAUGCGGUGCACAGAUCUGGUUGUUUCAGGCUGUUUUGCGCGGGUGGGGUAUCUGGCGAAGACUUAGACCAGGGUGGGGUAGACCAGGGACCAGAAAGGGAUCACUUUUUCAUGCGUUUCUUUAAGAAGUACUUCGGACCAUUUUUGACAAAUAUUUUUGUCAAAGUAGUCGUUAUCGUACUGUUCCUUGGGUACCUUGCCGUUUCUAUCUGGGGCUGUACACAACUGCGCGAAGGACUGCGCCUUCAGUCGCUAGCAGACGACAAUUCUUACAUUGUCAAAUUCUACGACUUAGAGGAUGAAUAUUUCAAGGUCUAUGGCCCACAGAUAAUGGUCUCUCUGACAGAAGAGGUAGACUAUUCGAACCUCACAGUCCAACAGCAAAUUUCCGACACUCUAGAGAAAUUUGAAAACAGCGAGUAUUCCUAUGGUUCAAACGGGACUGAGUCGUGGCUGACAGUGUACAAAACGUAUCUUCAAGAACAUCCUUUCCUCCCAGCUAAUCCAAACAAUGAGAGGUUCAUCAGAAUUCUAAAAGACCAGUUUCUGAAAAGAGGAUGGUUUGAUCGCUAUCAACUUGAUAUAGAGUUUGACGAAAACAAAACCAAAAUACUGUCAUCCCGCUUCUUUGUUCAGUCCAAAAACACCAACACGGCAAAUCGUGAAAGAGACAUGAUGCUCGAUAUGAGGCGUCUGGCUGCAGAAGCCCCAUUCCAAAUGACAGUGUUUCAUCCAGCGUUCAUAUUUUACGAUCAGUACACAGCGGUUCUUCCGAACACCUUACAGAAUAUCGGCAUAGCGACCGCCUGUAUGUUAGUGGUGUCCCUCCUCCUGGUUCCCCACCCUGUGUGCUCCUUGUGGAUCGUACUUACCAUAGCUUCCAUCGACGCAGGCGUUAUCGGCUUCAUGACUCUGUGGGGUGUUAACUUAGACAGUGUUUCUAUGAUUAACAUCAUCAUGUGUAUCGGCUUCUCCGUCGAUUUUUCGGCCCACAUAACGUACGCCUUUGUGACUGGGCAGGGGGAGACGAGAAAUGAGCGCUCGGUAUUUGCUCUCUACUCCAUCGGCAUGCCGAUCGUACAAAGCGCCGUUUCUACUAUCCUUGGUAUUCUUGCUCUCGCCUUCUCCACCAGCUACAUCUUCCGAACCUUUUUCAAGACGAUGCUUCUGGUCAUGCUCUUUGGUGCUAUGCAUGGUAUUGUCGUACUACCCGUAGUCUUGACCUUCCUUGGUCCAAAAAAGUCGCUCGGAAUCCGAUUCGAAAAGCAUGGAAGCACGUCAAAGGUUGACGACUCGCCAUACGCAGCACCUACCGAAUUGACCGGGCCAGAAGCACUCGCUGCCAACCGUGCUCUCCAAUCGGUCCCUUCGCAUAAUGCGGCCAUCAGCGAAUACGUAAACAAGUCGUUUCAAAACGAUGAAUUACAAAUAAGAGAAGACGCAAAUCAGCAUGACAACACCAUAUUCUAAAGCAUGCCAGUAGCCAGGAUUUUGA